AUGGGUGAGGAGAUGGAUAUGGACUCUCCAGAGCAGCGCGGAGCCAAACGCCCCUUGGAGGAAACAGAGGCGUCCGGGCCCUCUCGACCGAAGAGGAUCAAAGCCCUUGAUCCUGAUGUCGUCAACAAGAUCGCUGCCGGCGAGAUAAUCGUCGCCCCGAUGCACGCAUUGAAGGAGCUGAUUGAGAAUGCCGUCGACGCAGGCUCCACGUCGAUCGAAGUUCUCGUCAAGGAUGGAGGAUUGAAGCUACUACAAAUCACGGACAAUGGACAUGGAAUUGAUCGCGACGACCUUCCCAUCCUCUGCGAACGGUUUACCACGUCCAAGCUGAAAGAGUUCGAGGAUCUUUCUUCCAUCGGCACGUACGGGUUCCGCGGUGAAGCAUUGGCUAGUAUCAGUCAUAUUGCCCAUCUCACAGUCACGACUAAAACAGCCGGGUCGAGCUGCGCCUGGCGCGCACAUUACGGAGAUGGGAAGCUGGUUCCUGCGAAACCGGGGCAAAAUGCUGCGCCCAAGGCCACUGCAGGACGUGGAGGAACACAGAUCACAGUCGAAGACCUCUUCUACAAUGUCCCAACCCGGCGCCGUGCCUUUCGGUCUUCCAGCGAAGAGUACGCCAAGAUUCUGGAUGUGGUUGGGCGUUAUGCAGUGCAUUGUUCUGGCGUUGCUUUCUCAUGUCGCAAGCAUGGUGAUUCGGGAGUGAGCAUCUCGACUCCUUCGGCCGCUAACACGAUCGACCGGAUACGUCAAAUACACGGAAGUGCUGUCGCAAAUGAGGUUGUUGAGUUUGAGGUCGCCGAGAAGAAGCUUGGUUUCCGAGCCUCUGGACUAGCCACAAAUGCCAAUUAUCAUGUCAAAAAGACUGUGAUCCUCCUAUUCAUCAAUCACCGUGCCGUCGAAUCGACAGCCGUCAAACGCGCCGUUGAGCAGACCUAUUCCGCUUUUCUUCCGAAGGGUGGACAUCCGUUUGUGUAUCUUGAUCUGGAAAUCGAACCACAUCGUGUUGAUGUAAAUGUGCAUCCCACCAAACGAGAGGUGAACUUCCUUAAUGAGGAUGAGAUCAUCGAGAUGGUGUGCAGUGAAAUCAGAUCCAAGCUUGCCCAUGUCGAUUCAAGUCGAACUUUCCUGACUCAAAGCCUCUUGCCGGGAGUCCAACCCAUUGAAACCCUUCAACCGGAACAAGAUGCUGCUGCUGGCGAGGGCGCAGUCAGCAACAAACCAAUCAACACACCCAAAACACCAGCAACCUCCAAAAGGCCCUAUGAGAACAAUCUCGUUCGCACGGAUUCUAAGGUCCGCAAAAUAACCUCGAUGCUCACCGCUGCUCCGAUCUCAUCGCCAUCUCACCCUGGACCACCGAACACAGAAUCCGGUAUUCCAGCAGCAUCCAUACGCGAUGAAGGACUUCAAUACGAAACAACCGAUCGCCAACCUCUGCGUAUCGCCCUGACUUCCGUCAAAAGCCUUCGCAACUCUGUGCGUGCCGCAAUGCACAACACAUUAACAGAGAUGUUCGCAUCACAUACCUACGUUGGUCUCGUGGACGAACGAAGACGCCUGGCAGCUAUUCAGUCUGGAGUGAAACUCUACCUGGUCGACUAUGGCCUCGCCUGCAACGAGUUCUUCUAUCAGGUCGGCCUAACCGAUUUUGGCAACUUCGGCGUGAUAAACUUAGAUCCGCCGCCGAAGAUUGUGGAUCUGCUCAGUAUCGCAGCCGAGACGGAACAACAAGAUCACGCUGGUAAUAAUGACGAGGAGGCUGGUGAUAUCUUCGCCAACGCCGCAGAAGUUGUUUCUCGUACUCUCAUCGAACGCCGUGAAAUGCUGGAUGAAUAUUUCUCGAUGCAAAUCAGCCCUGAGGGUGAGCUCCUCACGAUCCCGCUGCUUUUGAAAGGCUACGUUCCUUCUCUAGCAAAACUUCCUCGAUUUUUGCUACGGCUUGGUCCAUAUGUGGAUUGGACCGGAGAGCAGGAGUGUUUUCACACUUUCCUUCGAGAACUUGCAGCUUUUUAUACGCCAGAGCAAUUGCCAAUUCCCCCACCUACAUCGAAAGAUGCAUCUGCAUCUGCUCAAUCAGAGCCGGCCACGGGAGAGACAGCUGCAGACGAAAGCUAUGUAGCUGAAGAAGAUCCUUUAAUUCAUGCACGUCGCGCACAAAUGGCUCGAAUGCUAGAGUACGCGGUAUUUCCUGCUCUACGUUCCCGACUUGUUGCGACUUCAAGAAUGCUGCGGGGUGUGGUUGAAGUUGCAGACUUGAAAGGUCUCUACAGAGUAUUUGAACGAUGCUAA